AUGACGUCCUCGGCGCUACCGUCAAUGUUUUCGCUCGAGGGACAGACCGCCCUGGUCACGGGCGGCACCCGAGGGAUCGGACAAGCCAUGGCGCUAGCUCUGGCUGAAGCGGGCGCAGAUAUUCUCCUGGUCCAACGCAAUACCACCCACACGGAGACCAAGACUGCUAUUGAGAAGCUGGAUCGGAAAGCCGGCAUCUACGAGGCUGAUCUUUCUUCAGAAGAAAGCGUCGCGGCCCUUGUUCCUGCUAUUUUACAUGACGGCCAUAGGAUUGACAUCCUGUUGAACUGUGCUGGCGUCCAGAGAAGACAUCCGAGUCAUGAAUUUCCCAGCCGGGAGUGGAACGAGAUCCUUCAAGUCAAUCUGACUACAGUAUUUACCCUCUGCCGCGAUGUCGGUGCCCACAUGCUUGGGCAGGAACCCAAUGUUGCAGGCCGUCGAGGAAGCAUAAUCAACGUCGCCUCCCUCCUAUCUUUUCACCUAUUAUCUCCUGAAUCGAACACAGAUGAGAGCCCCGGGAUUUCGUUUCGAACCUUGGGGUUCCCAACAAUCCGUCUGACUUCUACGCCCUUGAACGAAGUCCAAGAGGAAAUGCUGACUACAAGGAAAUAUGGCAGAGGAGGGAUGACAGUCCCAGCCUACGCAGCCUCCAAAGGAGGUGUAUCACAGCUCACCAAAGCUCUAUCAAACGAAUGGGCAGAGAAAGGCAUUUCAGUCAAUGCAAUUGCCCCUGGGUACGUGGCUACGGAGAUGAAUACGGCGUUGAUGGAGGACGAAAAGCGGGCGAAGAGCAUCCUGGGUAGGAUCCCGGCCGGAAGAUGGGGGACACCUAAGGAUUUUAAGGGACCUGUCCUGUUCCUGGCAAGUGCAGCUUCUCAAUACGUGUCGGGCGAGUGCUUAGUGGUGGAUGGAGGGUGGAUGGGACGGUGA